GAUCCGCCAUGUGCGUUAGUGACGUCAUCAGGGCUGCGCCGUGAUUCUCUUGUUGUUGUUUGACUGCAGAAGAAAAGUUUCCAGAUACGGAAGAAAAACUCCAGAUGAAACGAGAUCUGUGUGACAAACUGCUGUAAAGAUGGAGUUUAUUAAAGAAGAGAGUGAAGACAUCAGUAUUACACAAACAUGUGGGAUAAAAACUGAAGAUACUGAAGAACAAAGAGACCUGAUGGAGCUGAAAGAGGAAAGUCAAGAUCUGAAGGAAGAGGAGGAUGAAACAUCAGUAUCAGAUACCUGUUGAUGUCAUUACUGGAGAACAAUCUUUUAGUGACUCACAGACUGAAGAAACAAAAUCCAAAAAAUCUUUCACUUGUUCUCAGUGUGGAAAGAGUUUCACUAGUCAAGGAAAAUUUAAUUAUCACAUGAGAAUUCACACUGAAAAGCCUUACUCAUGCAAUCAGUGUGAAAUUAUUUUCAAAUGCAAAAUAUCCCUCCUUAGACACAUGGAAGUUCAUGCUAGUGUGAAAUCUUUCAUAUGCAAUCAGUGUGGAAAGAGUUGUAAAGGUAGAAGGGGUCUUGAAAAACACAUGAGAAUUCACACCGGAGUGGAUAGUUACGUAUGCUAUCAGUGUGGAAAGAGUUACACAUUUAAACAAAGUUUGUAUCGUCACUUGAGAAUUCACACUAGAGAGAGGCCUUUUACAUGCCAUCAGUGUGGAAAGAGUUUCACACAAAAAGGAAACCUAAGUAUCCACAUGAGAAUUCACACUGGAGAGAAGCCCUUUACCUGCCAUCAAUGUGGAAAGAGUUUCAUAAAGAAAGCAAGCCUGAAGACACACAUGAGAAUUCACAAAGAAGAGAGGCCUUUCACAUGUCAUCAGUGUGGAAAGAUUUUAAUGAAAAAAGCAAGCCUGAAGACACACAUGAGAAUUCACACUGGAGAGAAGCCUUUCAUGUGUCAUCAUUGUGGAAAGAGUUUCACAACGAAUGGAAGCCUUAAAAUCCACAUAAGAAAUCACACUGGAGAAAAGCCCUACUCAUGCCCUCACUGUGUAGAGAGUUUCAAAUUAAAAAGAGACUUUAAUUACCACAUAGGAGUUCACGCUAGAGAGAAACGUUUUCACAUUCCCUCAGAAUCAGAACCAGAAGGAGCUUUAUUGCCAAGUUGUCUCACAGACUCAAGGAAUGUGUCUUCAGUGACAGAAGCUUCCAGUGAACCCAAACCCAAAAUAGAUUAUUCCUCUUGGUUUAGAGAAUGAAUUAUUUGACAGAAAACAAUUUCUACAUGUAAUUUUAACAUAAUGGAGUAACAUUAUUUUUAAAUUACCCAAUUAAUUAGCCUCAAACAAUCAUCCAUGUGAUUAUCUAAUCAGCCAAUCGUGUGGCUGCAGUGCAUAAAAUCAUGCAUGUACAGGUCAGGAGCUUCAGUUAAUGUUCACAUCAACCAUCAGAAUGGGAAAAAGAAAUUGUGAUCUCAGUGAUCUGGACUGUGGCAUGAUUGUUGGUGCCAGAUGGGCUGGUUUGAGUAUUUCUGUAACUGCUGAUCUCCUGGGAUUUUCACACACAACCGUCUCUAGGAUUUACUCCGAAUGGUGUCAAAACCAAAAAACAUCCAGUGAGCGGCAGUUCUGUGGAAUGAAAUGCUAUGUUGAUGAGAGAGGUCAACGGGGAAUGGCCAGACUGGUUAGAACUGACAAAGUCUAUGGUAACUCAGAUAACCGUUCUGUACAAUUAUGGUGAGAAGAAUAUUGCUACUCUGAGAUGCGGGUUUGGGCUGUUUUGUCGGCAUGAGGGGGACCUACACAAUAUUAGGCAGGUGGCUUUAAUGUUGUGGCUGAUCAGUGUAUGUGUGUGUGUGUGUGUGUGUGUGUGUGUAUGGAACAUUUAAGUGUAACCAACGUUCCUAAACAUGCCUUUUAAUUAAUGUUUUGUAAUAAAUAUGUUAAUUGUUUGUGAAGUUA